GAGCUGGACUAGUUAACUGUAAGGUUGCAAGAUUGAAUCCCGGAGCUGACAAGUAAAAAAUCUGUAAUUCAGCCCCUGAACAAGGCAGUUAACCCACUGUUCCUAGGCCAUCAUUGAAAAUAAGAAUGUGUUCUUAACUGACUUGCCUAGUUAAAUACAACUUUUUUUCCCCUCCGGCCAAAUCGGUGUAAAAAAAUACAGAUUUCCGAUUGUUAUAAACUUGAAAUCGGCCAUUCCGAUUAAUCGGUCGACCUCUAUUUAUUAGGCUUCCCUAUGCCAAAUAGCAGUACAAUGUGGCAUCAGGGCUUGAUAAGGUAGUAAAUGCUGAUUUGCUUCAUAGGAAGAAGAAAUGCCUUUAAAGCGCUGGUCCCCCCUAAUUUCACUUCCCUCUCCCUAUGUCACUGAAUUGUGCUUGAUGGAGCCAAUAGAACUGGCUGGAAAAUGUGAAGUCUGCUUCCCUCCACCACCUCUCUAAAAAUAGAGGCUGAGAGAGAAGGCAGCAGCAUUGAGACACACUAUCAGUGGGCCUGCCAGCGGUUUCAACACACUCCCACCACCAGAACAGAAAAGGGCCCUCUGAAUCACACCUCUGCCGCCAUCACAGAGCUACCUCACAAAUAAAUAUCACACUUCGUUCACCAAUGUAGACUCCCCAAGCUGCCCCUAUAUCCCACCUCUGCCACCAUUUACAGAGCCCCCCUCCACUCAUAUUUCUGCCACCAUGGUUGGUUUCAAUGCCAUCUGUUUGACCAAAUUCCAUCUCAAUUUGAACGUAUUAAUGUUCCCUUUUUUUCUUCAUGUAACUGACUAUUGUAAUUGGAUUUACGAUCUUAUUUUGUCACCAUCAACAUCCAAUAUGGCCCAAUAAAUAAAUCUUAGACAUCCCUAAGCUUAUUCAAGGCACCCUGUAGUAGGUCUGGGCUGUAUACCGUUUUUUUGCGAUAAACCGGUAUUGAUGCAUGGACCGGUUUGGGUUUUUACUUUACCUUCUAUACCAGUAUAUGAAUGUUAGGUUUGCUAUAUGUGAUACGCAGUGUGUAACGUCCAUUUUUAUAGUUUACUUCGCUUCUUGAGUUCUCGCUCCACUCUAUGCCGCUUUCCACACAGACCUAGCCACGCCCCCUGUCACUCAAUUAGCGCAUUUGAAGUUUUUCAACCACGAGACACUUGAGUUCAGUCUGCAUGGUCAAUGCAUUUGCAACACUGUUGAUGAAAAAGAUAGUUGUCACUGCUUCUUAAUAUAAUUCUACAGGCAUUCUAAUUACACUAUUAGCCUGUGUUUCUUACAUCUGCAAACAGCUAAUUAGAAUUUUCUUAGCAAGUUGUUCCUAAAUCUUGUUAGCUGUUAAUGCUAAUUGCUAGCUAGCUAAUAUAUGUACUGAAUAAGCGCAAGUGUAAUUAGCCAUACAGUCUAAUAAUACCAGUGAUUGUGUAGACCUAAAUCAACAUGUUGUUUAAGCAACAGUGUCUUCUAAAUUAGAGGUAAACCCAAAGAAAGCAUAUGUUAGCUACUAGAAGUAGUUAAGAGAACAUUCAAUGUACUGAAAGAUUAUAGGGUCCCCUAGGAAACACCUAUCAACAGUUUCUACCCUGUCACAAUAAAUCCUCCCUGGCAUUUUCAUUCGUUGCCAUGUCGAACACCACUGUAUUGAAAGUAUGUCAUUAGAAUAGUUAGAAUAGACAUUCUAUUCCCAUGAUUCCAAUAGUUAAAAGUAUUUUGCUCUAAAUGUCAAGUCAUAUUGCAACAUUUGGUUAAAAAUAAGGCCCAUAUUACUUGCCCGUAUUGUGCAGCCCUACGUGGCAGUGUGGAAAUGAUCUCAAAUGCAGAAAUUUAUGAAAAUUAUUACUUUUUGGGGGGUUGAAGUUGAAUUGAACAGUAUAAAACAUGGAAUUGAACAGUAUAAAUCAUAAUGGAGAAAGACCCAUUUUGAAAUCACUUAAUGUAUGUGUUGCCACCCUAGGGUCACACACUACUCAUAAAGCAAAUUUUGAACUUUUAUUAUUAAAAAACAUAAAAUACAGCCAUUUUUUAAAUUUUAAUAAAAAAAAAAUACUCUGAUAUAAUAUUUUGGCCAUAUCGCCCAGCCCUACCCUGUAGUUUAGAAUACUCACAGUAGACCUUACUACUCACUUUCUCUUGUAAGUGUAUUUAGUUGAAAUAACAUACAGAUCUGCCUGUACGGCUUUGGUUCUGGGAAGGGCCACACACAGGCCAUUCUAACUGGCUUUCGUCAGGGAGAAGACAAGGAGAGUUAGUAAUAUUAUCAUGACACAUUUUUAUCAACAUGAUUAGGGGUUUAAGUCUCUUUGCUUAGAAGUAGACCCAGUUAGCCCGUGAGCCAAUCAGGUGGCAGGUAGCUGCUGAGAUGGCUCAGGUGUUUGAAGGAUAAGGUACUUCAUUCAGAAGGUCUCCAAGCUCUUAGGACACACGACCCAUACAGAAAAGACGGAGAGAAAGGGAGAUCAGCACGAGUCCCGGCGGUGGAGCGAAGCACCCCAUUAGCAGAGGAAAAUGAGCGAACUAGACCAGCUACGUCAGGAGGCCGAGCAGCUCAAGAACCAGAUCAGAGAUGCCAGGAAAGCGUGUGCGGAUGCUACCUUGUCUCAGAUCACAGCAAACAUCGACCCAAUUGGCCGAAUUCAGAUGCGCACUAGAAGGACACUGAGGGGGCAUCUGGCUAAAAUCUAUGCCAUGCACUGGGGCACUGACUCGAGGCUUUUAGUCAGUGCCUCCCAGGAUGGUAAACUCAUUAUUUGGGACAGCUACACCACAAACAAGGUUCACGCCAUCCCACUGCGCUCCUCCUGGGUGAUGACGUGCGCCUACGCCCCCUCUGGGAACUACGUGGCCUGUGGAGGCCUAGACAACAUCUGCUCCAUCUACAACCUCAAGACCCGCGAGGGCAACGUGCGUGUCAGCCGUGAGCUGGCCGGACAUACGGGUUACCUGUCCUGCUGUCGCUUCGUGGAUGACAGCCAGAUUGUCACCAGCUCUGGAGACACCACCUGUGCUCUCUGGGACAUUGAGACGGGCCAGCAGACGACCACGUUCGCCGGCCACACCGGUGACGUCAUGAGCCUGUCGCUGGCGCCCGACACCCGGCUGUUUGUGUCCGGGGCAUGUGACGCCUCCGCAAAGCUCUGGGACAUCAGAGAAGGAAUGUGCCGACAGACCUUCACCGGACACGAGUCAGACAUUAAUGCCAUCUGUUUCUUCCCCAACGGCAACGCCUUUGCCACGGGAUCGGACGACGCCACCUGCAGGCUGUUUGACCUGCGUGCUGACCAGGAGCUGAUGGUCUAUUCCCACGACAACAUCAUCUGCGGCAUCACCUCGGUGGCUUUCUCCAAGAGUGGCCGCCUGCUGCUCGCCGGCUACGAUGACUUCAACUGCAACGUGUGGGACAGCCUCAAGGCUGACCGUGCAGGUGUCCUGGCUGGACAUGACAACCGUGUCAGCUGCUUGGGUGUGACCGAUGAUGGAAUGGCCGUUGCAACAGGGUCCUGGGACAGCUUCCUCAAGAUCUGGAACUAGAUUCUGAAGAUGGCACCCGGACUCCAAAGUGGAGUGGAAGACCAUUCCAACAUAAAAAUGUUCAAUUUUCUUGCAUAUCCAAUUUGAUCAAAACACCACUAUACUGACUCCUAACACCCCAAAAAACUACCAAGGGCAAAAAUUCUCUCUCCUUCUCAUUUAAAAUAUCACAGUUGUUUAUCAAAAUAUGAGGAAUUGCAGUGGUAUGAAAUGGAAUGGGGAAGAAAUUGUGCAUUCCUCCUGGGACCAUUUUCAUCCAUCUUCAUUACACAGGUUUGAGUGAAGGUCAUUUACACAACGAUGAUCUAACUCUUGAUAGAUUUUUGGCCAGCCAUGUUUAUUUAAUUUUUUCGGUCAUGUUACUUUCCUCUUUUUUCCCCCCAGAACUAGAUCAGUGGCCUCCUGUUGGUAAAUUGAGGAUCAAAAGCUUUGUUUUAUCUCUUGGUCUUGAUAUAUUUUAGAAUCAAGUUUUGUAGAUUUGAAAUAAAAAUUCAUGAUCAUGUCAUUUUAAUCCAACUUUAUCACAUCAGAAAAAAAGGCAAGAGAAUUGAGCUUCAACAGGGAGUCCAUGAGCCACCGACAGGGUCUGGCCAUUCUGAAUAUUUAGUCCCAAGAUUCUUUACUCAGUUUUGGGGGGGGGUUUCUGUCUAGUCAAUUUUUUUUUGCACACAAUUUUACUUUGCAUAUGCAGAAUAAUGUUUAAAGGAAAGUUAACUAACCAAGCACAUGCUAUUUGUGAUAAUGAAUGCUAAUUUUUAAACAAAUCACUUUUUUUUUAAUUUACCCAUUCUCUUCACCUUUUGUUUGGUGACAAUGUAGAAUAAUGAAAUGAAGAAUCCCAUCGGUUCAUUUUCUUUCUUUCUGUUGACUGUGGUUGGGACCGGUGAUGUGAUUUGGUUGGGUUGGGAAGCCUCCACUUAUACCCCGGUUUCUUUCCGGAGUUUCAAGAGGAACCCAUUCUGUGCUUGGAAAUGCAGUUACUACUCUGAACGAAAUGUUGUAUAAAUCAAUGUUUGAAAAUAAUGAUAUCGAAACUUUUUAAGUAAAAAAAAAAAAAAGAAAAGUUGUCUGCCAUGGGUGGGUUAACUCUUAGGAUCGCAUGCUGUAGAAUUGCUUAAAAAGAGGUGCAUAUGAACUAAGUCCUUUUGAUGUUUUUCUUUUAAAGAAAAUAACCUGUUAAAUAUAUCAUAAUUACAAUGGUAUUUAUAUUGUUUUUGGCUAAUCUGUGCAUAAAUAAUUCAAUUAAAAUGUCAAAGCUAUGCACUUGAGCAGCAAACACCAUAACAUAAACAGUUUCCUGGUCUUAUAUCCAUACUUGGGAAGGAUUCCUUGAUUUUAAAAGUAAUCUAAACAUUUAAAACACAUAUGCACGCACAGACACAAAUGGAACAAAGAAAUGUUAAUUUCUUGUGUAGCAAACAAAUUCCAGUGACAAAAAAAAUAAACAUUUUGUAACAAACAGGUUUUUUUUCUGUCCUUUAAUAAGAAAAAAGAAGGAACUUGCAGCAUCUGAAUGGCAGAAUGUUCUGUACCCCUAUCCUUGUAAACAGAGACUCUUUCUUUAGCAGUAGUGGCAUUUUUUCCAUUCUGUUUUCUCUGCGACAUUCUGUACAAAAAUGUUCUGUAAUUGUGCGUUAGGCGUGGAGUUGGCAAUAAAAAUAAAAAAAAUAUUACAAAUGAA